UGGUCGAAUAACUUAAAUGUUCCUAAAUUCCUAAAAAAUAAAAAGGAAAAAGAAAAGAUGAAACCCGGCCAGAAAAAUAAUAUGUACAACUCAAAUCCGGUCUUGAUGUCUUUGGACGAGUACAGCGAGAAGUACGUGAAGAAGGUUAGAAAGCAUCAUCCGCACUGCCCUCGCCAGUAUUCUUCGCAGUCGGAGGCCAGUCUUCACUAUGAGCGGACUCACUUCUUCGCCCCCGGCUACCGUCGGAAUCAGAAUACUAAGUCAGCCAUGGUUAACAUGCGGGUGGAUUAUUUUUUCAACCAGCUUACCGACAUUAAGGUCUUACUGGCCUGCAAGACCGUUGUCAAUUUGAAACAAAAACGUCUGGUGGUUAUUAAAAAUCGCAUGCCCCAGUCGGCUUCGGAUGCUUCGAAUCUUCCGUCUCCAGUGGGAGCCUCGGCUCCUGAGGCUUCACCGGUUCCUCAUGCCCAGGAUACGCAAGAUGCUCCCACAGCCCAAGAUACCAAUAACGACGAUAAUGAGGAUACUCUGGUCUUAACCAUCGGAGACGAGGUACUCUAUGACGAGGAGUUCUAAAAAUAUUGGCUACCGAGCAGCAGAUAUGUAAAAUCUUCCUAUCACUAUAUACAUCACAAAUAAAUAUCUCUUGUGGCUGAAACAUUGGUCAUUUACCAAUUGAAAAUUAAAAAUGGUUCGUAUUUCACUAUUAAGAAAAUCACUUAUUUCAUGUUUCAUGGCAUUUAUUUCCAUAUUAAAAAUAUUAUAUUAUAAUAAAUGCAAGUCAUACAAUAU